AUGAUUACAUUUGACGACAAAGAUGUUGAUCAACUUGGUUCUCAAUUAUUAGCACAGCUGUCCGCUGAAGACCUGAACCUAAUACUCAGGUUUUGUAAAACUCUCCUUGAUGACUACAAGUCAAACUCUGCAUCGGACCUUAAAAAUGCCGAGGUACAAGCGACUUUAAUUAGCAACCUGCCAUAUUUUCUGAAGAUCGCACAAAUAUCAUUUAUAGGGGUAGAGGGGGCAGGAGGAGUCAACUCGAGCGAUAAUAAGGUCGUUGAGCUAUUGCUACAAUGUUUGGAGACUACAUCUACAUGGAUAAAUCAUUUCCUUAAAUAUACCGAGGCUGAAGCACAGCUAAAACAUUUCGUCCCUUGGUUUCUCACACAUUUGGAAGCAUCUUUCAGUCUGCAAGAUGAUUCUAUAUUUAAAGAAAUAUGUGAUAUGGUAGUUGAAAUGUUUAGAUACAAUCAAAAUGUCUGGGAUAGAUCUACUAGGGAGAGAUUGUACCAAUUCACAUUCAGUGUGUCUCCUACCAUAUUGCCUCCACUUUUGACCCUGACUGAAGGUCUAGAUGAUCGCAAUAUCUCCUACUGCAGACUGGUAAUUUCGAUUGCUGAGUUUCUCACCCCCAAGUAUCUUCAAGAUCCAGACAAUAAUGGGUCCUUCAAACAAUUACUUGAGCUCUUGAUUGCAUUCUCUAGUAUUCAGCCUACCCCUAUGGUAGAGGACACCAUGGCCAUGGAAAUACUCGAGUUUUGGAAUGGCUUCGUAGAGGAAAUUGUUGGUGGUGGGUAUUUAUCUAGUGAACAACCUCAAACAGGCUAUAUAAAUCAGAUUAUUGGCAUCUACUGGAAUAGGAUAAUGCUGCCACCAGAUAACAUCACUAACACGUGGGAAAAAGACACUUGGCAGGAAUUUUUAAGUUUUCGUCGUGACUUUUGCGACUUCCUUGAACUGGCUUAUCCCAUUGUAAGCAGUAAAUUAUUUGGAUUACUCGUCAACAGUAUAGUGGAAAAUAUUCAACAGUCACAUAAGACAGAUGGGACGAGAGACCCAUCCUCAAUGAACUGGAGGCAAAUAGAAUGCUCUUUAUACUGCUUAAAUGGAUUGUCAGAAAUGAUUGGAACAUCGGGAGACGAGUAUUCCACUGUCCAACUAGUGUUCAACUCAUCCCUAUGGGAGGAUUUAUCAUCUUGCAACAGUCUACGUGUUCGCCAAACUGCCGUCAGCCUGAUUGGUUCUUUCGAUACUUUCUUUGAACGCCCAGAAGGUCAGCCAUAUUUGACCACCACUCUUAGCUAUCUGUUUAAAUCAUUGUCGAUCCCAGAUCUAUCCUUGACGGCAUCAAGAUCUAUUCAAAAACUAUGCGCCUCAAGUAGAAAACACCUUGUCUCUCUGUUACCAACCUUAAUGGAUCUAUACUGCUCUCGCCAAUACUACAAAACAACAGGAACUGUUGCUCACGAACGAACGGUUAACGCAAUUGCGUGUGUCAUCCAAGCGCUGGAUAAUCUUGAAGAAAAGGCACAAUAUGCAGACCGUCUAGUGUCUAUUCUUGUAGAACAACUUCCAGUUACAAUUGAAAACAAAUCUCAGUUGACUGACCCUGAGGUCAUGCUCCUGGUUGUAUCUUUACUUAAGUGCAUAGUGAACAUUGGCAAAGGACUACGUAUUCCUGAAGAGACAGCUAGCCCAAACAGGGAGGAAUUGCAGUCACUAGCUACAUUUUGGAAUACAUAUUCAUCUUCCACAAGGGAAAAAAUAGUUGGCACAAUCCAGUGGUUGACAAUGGAUGCAAUUCCUUUUAGUCAGGAUCCGCAAAUAUGUGAGGUGUGCUGCGAUAUCUUCAAAUCCGGGUUUUCAGAAAUUGUACCAAAUCCGUUUGUUUUUGAUCCGGAUACUAUCCUUACUUUUAUCUCAGCCAAACAUCAAUAUGGCCCGCCAACGUGUUAUACGACCCUAAUAGAGCUGUCGUCGUGUCUCGUCACUUCGAGUUCCGUUGGAGAAUCUACUUUGGCGACAGAAUAUAUCUCGGAGCUGUUACAAACGUUUUUCUCAAGUACGCAUGAGAAUGAUUAUGAGCCAGACAUUCAGAUAGGAAAUAUGCAAUUAUUGACUCAGAUAUAUAGUCACUACCCAGAUAGUUUUCUAUCAAACCAAUCAGCAUUGCCUUUCCUCAUUGGAUUUGCUACAGAGAUGUUGGCUUCCAACGAUAGGUUCGUUAUCCGAGCUACAUCAAAAUUCUGGACAACUGUCAUUACAAAAGACAAUGCACGAAACGAAACGUCGCGUACACGGAGAUCGGAGAUACUACACUCUGCGGGACCUCUAAUUGUGGAUAAGGUGGUCGGCAAAAUAUCAGGCGAGGCUAUACGCAGUGAUUUGGAGUGUUAUACCGACGUUAUUAAAAAGCUUGUUAACAAGUAUCCACUCGAGUCAAAACCGUGGUUUGUCAAUUCGAUUAUCAAUAAUCCACGGCCAGACCUUGCAAAACAAGAUCUCAGUUUGCGAACGCGCUUUCUCACGAAAAUAUUCAAUCUACGAGGAAGCAGGGAAACAAACGAGGUUGUCAAGAACUUUUGGAGUGAUUGCAAAGGCAUUGCUAAUUAUACAUGA